GAAAUGUUUAAAUCAACAAUUGUUAAAAUAAAUGAAUUGGAUAAUAAAGAUGAGGAAGAUGCAUUUGAUUAUGAUGAAGAACAAGCUAAUCAAGUCAAGACAAAAAUAUAUGCAACACUUUGGCACUAUUAUCCUGAUCCAACACCUCAAGAAUUGGUAUUUGCUCUAUUAGAUUCUCGACUUAAAUCUCUAGAUUUUGUCAAGAUUACAAAUAAAUUAGCAGCUAAAGAUGUUCUUAGAAAUUUAUACAAUAAUGAAAAAUUAUUAGAAAAUGGACAUGAAA